UGCAGCCUGGUACCGGACAGAAACCGGGGCCGCUAAAGCGAGUAGCCGGGGGUGUGGAAAGGGCCACCAUUUUAAUGGGCUCGGUCUCCGGUUCCUUUACUGCGGUUUAGACGCGAUGUGAGCUGCUAAUUCCCCCGAUCGGAAACACGGGGAGCGGCAUUGCUGUUAAUUAAGGUAAAAACACCCCCGGUGGAUGCGGGCGAUGAUGUCGUGUUUAGCGGACGCCUUCCCGCUCAGAUGGCCGCCUUGUGUUAGUUAAUGAUCGUUCGCGAUUCACUUUUUCCCCCUCGGUAAUUUCGGCUUUCCGCCGGCCCGACGUGCAGAUCUGGGCGGUGCACAUGCACUUCGGCCGGCCGCUUGGCUAACACGCACCAGAAAGCGCAUUUUUAAAGGACGCUUAGUUGCAGUUUGUUUCCGCGGUGUAUCGGUGCUGCGUCCGCCUUGCGUCGGGCCCCCUGCAUGCCCCCCGGGAGCGCUGCGGCAUGAAAGUCAAGGUGAUCUCCAUCCUGGAGGAUAACUACAUGUACCUGGUGAUCGACGAGCAGAGCCGGGAGGCCGUGGCGGUGGACCCAGCCGUGCCGCACCGGCUGCUGGAGAUCGUCAAACGGGAGGGACUGUCUCUCACGGCCGUCCUGACCACCCACCAUCACUGGGACCAUGCCCGGGGGAAUGCAGCGCUGGUGAAGGAGCUGCCGGGUCUCAGGGUGUACGGAGGGGACGAUCGCAUCGAGGCGCUGACGGAUAAGGUCACCGACCGCCAGGAGCUCAAGUUUCACUCCCUCAACGUCCGCUGCCUCUUCACUCCCUGCCACACCUCCGGUCACAUGUGCUACUUCGUGUGGGAGGACGGAUGCGACGACCCCCCGGCCGUCUUCUCCGGGGACACGCUCUUCUUGGCCGGAUGCGGGAGGUUCCUGGAAGGAACGGCGGAGCAGAUGCACCGCAACCUGACCGAGGUGCUGGGCUCCCUGCCGCAGGAAACGAAGGUCUUCUGUGGGCACGAGUAUAGCAUCAAGAACCUGAAGUUCGCAUUGAAGGUGGAGCCAGACAACGAGAAGGUGAAGGAGAUGCUGAGCUGGGCAAGGGCACGGGACGACGACGACAAGCCCACUGUGCCGUCCACGCUUGUGGAUGAGUUCCAGUACAACCCCUUCCUGCGGCUCUCGGAGGAGGGAGUUCAGAAAUUCACGGGGAAGACUGACCCCGUGGAAGUACUGCGGGUGCUGCGCAAGGAGAGGGACAGCUUCCGGAAGCCCAAGGAGAGGCUGCCUCCGCAGGCCAUGCUGGCCCUGCAGUGGGGGCUCCUCAGUGCCCCCCCCCGGCUACCGAAGGUCUGAAAGGGGGGGGGGCGUGAGGAUCUGCAGAUGAGAGUGGUGGGGAGACGGACCGCCAUUAGCGGGGAACAGAGAACGGAGCUGGUGUGCAGCAAAUAGAUUUUCUUUGGAGGGGGAGCUUAGGUAUGAAGUUACUUCAGUAGAGUCUCAAACAGCUUUGUCAUUUUGGGAGGACGGAGCCAGCAGAGGCCGCCAAGCUAACAUGUUAAGCCGAAUCUUUCUUUCAUUGUACUAGGGGAGUGGUCCCUCACUGUUGAUAACUCGGAGGGGAUUCACUCUGGGCAUGUCACCAUGUCGUCCCCAAAACACAGCGUCCCUCACAGAGUGACCACCUGUGACUAAUGCUGCGUUGGGCUUCGUAAGACGUCUCAGUCGUCGUUAGGCACUUAAAUGUUAUGCUCCUCUAUAGCAGUAAUAUAUUUCCAGUUAUUGUCACAAAGGUAAAUUGGCCCGUUGAUCAGGUGACGUCAGCUUUUAUGAUUACAAAUGUUGAUUAAAUUGCUGUUUGUAAUGGUUGGGCUGCUGAACGGGAUUUUUAUUUUUAAAUGUGUAUAUAUAUAUCGGGCUGGGAUGGUGAGACUUUGUGUUUAAUAAAACCACUGAAUUGUGA